UGUCUCUCUGUCUCUCUCUGUGAUUGGAUAGACAGCCUGACGGUUGGAACUCAACAUGCCAGUGAUGUCAACGCCAGACUUCAGACUGUAAACAUGGGCAACGUGGAGAGCCAGAACGGCGAUCACGCCUUCUACGGCACCCAACAUGGCCACCUGUCCCGUAAGCACAUGUCUCGUUCCCUCCGCGUCUCCAACAAGCACCAUCAGUCCCAGUCCAGUUCUGGUUCCACCCGCCGCUCCCGUGACUGUCACGCCUCGCAAGGCAAAGUGGAUCACCGAAACUCUGAGACCUCCACGCGUUCCAGCAGCACCCCUAGUAUCCCACAGUCCUUAGUGGAUCACGCCCUGGAGCCCUUCAACCAGACCAAUGUCCUGUCAGACUACUCCUCUCCGAUCUGGGUGGACCGCGUGGCCAUGAACCUCCGGCCCGUCUCCUGCCAUACCCACCUAGACAACCCACCUGUAACGCUCCCAGAGUCACCUGGGACUAGACCCCACGAACCCCAGGGUCUACAGGACAGAGGACUGGGCCUAUACAGUAACACAGGGGAGGCGACCUACCUUCAGAAGACUAGAGACGCAGCUAGGAAACCUCGAGAGGUGGUCAGCUUCAAGAAGAAGAGGUCCAAAUCAGCCGACAUGUGGAGAGAAGACGACAGUCUGGACUUUAGUCUGUCAGACCUCAGCCAGGAACACCUCACCAGGUUAGACGACAGUCUGGAGUUCAGUCUGUCAGACCUCAGCCGGGAACACCUCACCAGGUUAGACGACAGUCUGGAGUUCAGUCUGUCAGACCUCAGCCAGGAACACCUCACCAGGUUAGACGACAGUCUGGACUUCAGUCUGUCAGACCUCAGCCAGGAACACCUCACCAGGUUAGACGACAGUCUGGAGUUCAGUCUGUCAGACCUCAGCCAGGAACACCUCACCAGGUUAGACGACAGUCUGGACUUCAGUCUGUCAGACCUCAGCCAGGAACAUCUCACCAGGUUAGAGAAGUCAGACCUCAGCCGGGAACACCUCACCAGGUUAGACGACAGUCUGGACUUCAGUCUGUCAGACCUCAGCCGGGAACAUCUCACCAGGUUAGACGACAGUCUGGACUUCAGUCUGUCAGACCUCAGCCGGGAACAUCUCACCAGGUUAGAGAAGUCAGACCUCAGCCGGGAACACCUCACCAGGUUAGACGACAGUCUGGACUUCAGUCUGUCAGACCUCAGCCGGGAACACCUCACCAGGUUAGACGACAGUCUGGACUUCAGUCUGUCAGACCUCAGCCAGGAACACCUCACCAGCCGGGAACACCUCACCAGGUUAGACGACAGUCUGGAGUUCAGUCUGUCAGACCUCAGCCAGGAACACCUCACCAGGUUAGACGACAGUCUGGACUUCAGUCUGUCAGACCUCAGCCAGGAACACCUUACCAGGUUAGACGACAGUCUGGACUUUAGUCUGUCAGACCUCAGCCAGGAACACCUCACCAGCACAGAGGAGAUCAUCGACACGGAGGAGGUAGAAGACUUCCCUGAUUGUGACGGCCUGCUGGGGCUCGUGUCCCCUGAGGGUCUGGAGAGUCUGGACACAGCGGGCCGAGCCAACUCCCUGGACCAGCUCUACGGGGGUCAGAAGACCCGCCGCCUCGCUGGACGCUACGCCAAGUGGCACCAUGACGCCAACCGCUCCGCCCGAGAGGGUGAUAAGAUGGUGUCUCCGGAAGAGGAGGAUGAUGGGAACUCGUACGGAGCGUAUACUCCGCCCUACCGACGCUCGCACUGCCUGUCUGAGGGGCCAACCAAUCCCCGGGCUGCCACCUGCUCCACUAUGCAGGGACGCAGGGCACAGACCAUACAGGAUGUGACUGCUGGAGAGGGCAGUGAGUACGAGGACAGUGGCAUCGACGGGGUGACUGCUUCGGGGGCGGAGCAUCAGUCCCGGCGCUAUAAGACCAUGUCUAUGUCCUUCUCCGUGUGCUCGGCGGCGGGGCGGAGCCUUUUCGCUGGCAGUGACAGUGGAAGCAGCAGCGGGGGAGGAGCCAGUGAGGGGGUCCAGGGGGUCUACGAGAACUUCAGACAGGAGUUGGAGAUGAGCUCAUGUCAGACAGAGAGUCUGGAGGAGGCGGGGUCAGCCCUGAGUGACGAGCAGAGCACCAUGAGUUCAGCCUACCAAUCAGAUCCCCUGCACGGCGUCGUCCAGGGAACCGUGCGGAAGGCGGGCCGGCUGGCCGUCAAGAACUUCCUGGUUCACAAGAAAAGCAAGAAGGUGGAGUCGGCCACCAGGAGGAAGUGGAAGAGCUACUGGGUCUGCCUCAAAGGAUGCACUCUCUUCUUCUACGAGACGGACGGACGGUCGGGGAUCGACCACAACAGUGUCCCUAAACAUGCGGCGUGGGCUGAGAACAGUAUUGUCCAGGCCGUCCCUGAACACCCCAAGAAGGACUUUGUCUUCUGCCUCAGCAACUGUCUAGGGGAUGCAUUUCUCUUCCAGACGUGCAGUCAGACGGAGCUGGAGAACUGGAUCACAGCCAUCCACUCGGCGUGCGCGGCGGCCAUUGCCAGGCAGCAUCACCGGGAGGACACGGUGCGUCUGUUGAGGGCGGAGAUUAAGAAGCUGGAGCAGAAGAUCGACAUGGACGAGAAGAUGAAGAAGAUGGGAGACAUGCAGCUCAGUGCCGUGACCGAUACCAAGAAGAGGAAGACCAUACUGGACCAGAUCUUUCUGUGGGAGCAGAACUUGGAACAGUUUCAUAUGGGUUUGUUUCGGUUCCGCUGUUACCUGGCCAGUCUGCAAGGAGGGGAGCUGCCCAACCCCAAACGCCUGCUAGCCUUCGCCUCCAGACACACUAAACUGGCCAUGGGACGCCUCGGAAUCUUCUCUGUGUCGUCCUUUCAUGCUCUGGUGGCAGCCCGUACAGAGAGCGGGGGGAGGAGACGUACCCAGGCCAUGUCACGUACCUCCUCAUCCAAACGUAAGAGCAGGUUCUCCUCUCUGUGGGGCCUGGACACUACUUCCAAGAAGACGACCACAGUCCACCCCACCAUCAACCAGGUCUUUGUUGAUGGGGAGGAGCCAGUGAAAAAGCCUCUGGACGGGAUCUAUGAUGUGGACACUGCCAGGGAGAGAGGGAAGAAUCAUGAGGGGAAGAGUCUUCCUCAGGUCAACUCAGACAGUCACAUGACAGACAGUGAUAUCUGGUCUGACCACCUGACCCCGUCCUGGGUGUGUCUUCCUAACGACCAGCCUGUCCUCGUCAUCAUCCAGCCUGGAGAGUCUGCUCUGUACGCGCUGGAGAACAUCUGCCAGGCCCACCAGCUGGAUUCCACCAAACAUUACCUGCGUCUCAAGUUCCUCAUGGAUAACCAAGUCCAAUUCUACAUCCCUAAACCUGACGAGCAGCUGUGUGACUUGCUUUAUAAAGAGAUAGAGCUGGGCUCCAAAAUAAUCAAAGUCAUCCAGUUCGACAGGGAUGAAUCCUGUAUGAUUGGCUAUGGGUUUUCCAUCUCAGUGGUAGAGGAGGAUUUGGUGCAGCAGCUCUACAUAACCGAUGUAAAGGCGGGAGGAUUGGCCUUCGCUAGAGGUCUGAAUGCGGGCGAUGAGAUCUUGCAGCUGAAUGGGAAAGACUCGUGCAGAUUGAAGUUCGGGGACAUGAAGGGGGCGUUUUCCCAGGCCUCUCUGUCCCUGACCGUCAACACUCUGCCCUCUACGGACCGACGACAAAUCUGUUACCUGCCCCCCCGACGCUCUGACGCACAGGAAGUCCUCCACACAGACAUCUUCUCUGUGAACCAGGAGGAGAUUCUGGAUGACGGGGUUGGUCUGGUGCUGGAUAGUUCUGGAGACAGCCUGGACGACGACUCUGAGAUCUUCAGCGAGGCAGACCAAUGCAGAAAGCCUCCCAUGUCUGCCCUGAAGAGGAGCGAGCGCUCCUCAGAGUCCAUCUCUGACAUGCUGCAUCUGAGUACAGAGCAGGUCGCAGCAUUCUGCCGCAGUCUCCAUGAUAUGAAUCCGUCUGAGUGUGCCACAACCUCCUCAUCCCCCAGCCUGGACUCGCCCUUCCGUCCCCCUGCCACCGGCACCGCCAGCCGCCAGCUCUCCGACGCCGACAAGCUACGCAAAGUAAUCUGUGAGCUGGUUGAGACGGAACGCACCUAUGUCAAAGAUCUCAAUUGUCUCAUCGGGAGGUACUUAACCCCGCUGCAGAAGGAGACGUGCCUCACUCAGGAUGAGCUGGACAUUCUGGUUGGGAACCUGCCUGAGAUGGUGGAGUUCCAGGUGGAAUUCCUGAAGACUCUAGAAGACGGGACCAGAUUGGUCCCAGACCUGGAGAAGCUGGAGAGAGUGGACCAGUUCAAGAAAAUCCUCUUCUCUCUAGGAGGUUCCUUCCUGUACUAUGCAGAUCGGUUUAAGAUCUACAGUGCGUUCUGCGCCAGCCACACCAAAGUCCCCAAGGUGCUCGUAAAGGCUAAGACCGAUGCAGACUUCAAGGCGUUUCUGGAAGAAAGGAACCCGAAACAGCAACACUCCUCAACCCUGGAGUCCUACCUGAUCAAACCCAUCCAGAGAGUUCUGAAGUACCCACUACUACUGAGAGAGCUGUACUCACUGACAGACCCGGACAGUGAAGAACACUAUCACCUGAAUGUAGCUAUGAAGGCCAUGAACAAGGUGGCCAGUCACAUCAAUGAGAUGCAGAAGAUCCACGAGGAGUUUGGGUUGGUGUUUGACCAGCUCAUAGCGGAGCAGAGUGGAGACAAGAAAGAGGUUGCUGAUCUGUCGAUGGGGGACUUGCUGCUCCACACCAGCGUAGCCUGGAUCAACCCUCCCUCCUCCCUGGGCAAAUGGAAGAAAGAACCCCAACUGGCUGCAUUCAUCUUCAGAACAGCCGUGGUGUUUGUUUGUAAGGAUGGGUCCAAGCAGAAGAAGAAAAUGGGUGGCUCCCAUCGAGUGUCGUCAGUCUCGUCUGAAGACAAGGACCCAUUCCGCUUCCGUCACAUGAUCUCCACAGACGCGCUCCAAGUCCGAGCCCUCAAUAACCAAGACGGAGAGGGCUCAGCCGUGUGUGAGAUCGUCCACGUCAAGUCGGAGUCAGAAGGACGGCCGGAGAGGACAUUCCACCUGUGCUGCAGUUCUGUGGACAGUAAGAAGGACUUCCUGAAGACAGUCCACUCCAUCCUGAGAGAUAAACAACGGCGCCAGCUGAUGAAGACAGAGUCUCUACCUCCCAACCAGCAGUAUGUCCCCUUCGGAGGCAAACGCCUCUGUGCCCUGAAGGGAGCCAGACCUGACAUGAACAGAGCGGCAUCAGACCCGGCGAGGACCCUGGGCCGGAGGAAACUGGUGAGGAACCGUUUCACUAUCGACACAGACAUAGUCUUCGACGGCGAGCCGGACCAGGAGUCCCCUCUGUCUCUACUGUCUUCUGAAGAGCCUGAUGGACAGGGACAAAUGGAAGGAAAGGAACAGGGGGAGGUGCAGGCAGGGGAUACAGACCGCUGGGUGGAGGAGCAGAUUGACCUGGAGCGCUACGGGGCGCAGCAGGAGGCGCAGCAGGAGGCGGAGGUGAAAAGAGGAGGAGACGUGAAAGAAACAGAGAUGUUUAGUGGUGAUGAUGAUUUCUGCCUGUCUGUCAGAGGAACCUCCACUGAAUCAGUGUCCAACACAGACCUAGAUGGGCCUAUCGGGGCCCUGUCCCUGGGAGAGGAAGGCCAAGAGAGGGGCCUUAAACACCCCCAGCCCCAGGGAGCCAUGGGGACCACCACCCCAGGGAUGAGACUUUCCCACCUGGGGAAGCAGCGUGGCCUAGCUGGGAUGAGUUUGGAUGACCAAGGGGCUAGGGAGGAAGGUGAGGACAUCUGGCUACGCAGGGAGAACUGUCCCCCGGACUCAGGGGGUCAGACACUAUAGAGCUAGAGUACAAGAUCAGCAGGUGGUUACAGACAGUGUGUCUCACC